AUGUUAUGUAUCAUAUCUCUCAUCAAUGAAUUCGUUUUAUCAACAAGCAUAUCACAGUCCUCAACACCGUCAACAAUUAUUAUUGAUGUCGAUAAAGGUAUUGUUCUUCAUCAAAUUGGUAUUUUUUCUGAAAAAUUUGAAGAAAAAAUAUUUCAUAUGUUUAUACCUUACAAUAAUCUAUGUCUUGAAUCACCAAAUUCUGACGUUUGUGAAUAUAUUCAAUCGACAUAUCCAGAUAUUGUUGAAAUAGGAACAUUAAUGCCAUAUGAUACACAAACAUCAACAACAUAUGAUAAAGAACAUAUGUCGAAUAUUAUUCAAGACCUUCGAAGAAUUAUUUUACAACAUAAAGUCGAUCGUUUUAUAGAAAAAACAAAAUCCAUUGUUUGUUUUAUCGAUGAUAAGUUUUAUGUACCUCAUGCUGACAUCGCUCAAUCGAAAAUGAAAAGUGCUAACACUAAUUCUCAAACGCUCGUACAUCGUGCAACAAAUCCGGCUACUUUAGUUCUUGAACAAUUUUUUAACAAUAAAGUUGGAUAUAAUUUUUUAACUGAUGAACAAAUCAUAGAAAUUCUACCUUUAACCAUUUCAACAAUUGGUGAAAAACUCAAUGUCGAAAAUAUGAAAGAAAAUAUACACAUGCUCACCAGUUUAAUCAUUGGACAAGCUGUAUAUGCAAUGAAAUCAUGUUCAAUACGGCUUAAUGAACACACACAAAAUGGUCCUGCAUGUCUUGUUGUUUCAACAAUUUAUCGAAAACUUCCCGAAGAAAGUUCAUCAUUUUAUCAAGUAUAUCGUUUAAUACCAUUGCCAGUAUUAUUUGAAGGUGAAAAAUAUAUUUACUCGAAUUUACCAACAAUAUUCGGUUACAACAAUCUUGAAAACAAAGUUAUAUUAUGGAGUAAUGAUGAUUUUUCAGCUAGUUGUACGUUUUCUAGCAUUGUACAUUGUCAAAAUUCUCCUAUAACUCUUUCGUUAUCUGCUAUACCAUGUCUUGAAGAACUACUCAGCGUUGAAUCGUCAUCCAUUAGCAAGUGUCAAGUGAGUAGAUCAAAAGCAAUUUAUCACAAUAUGUUCAAUAUCAAAAAUAACGUUUGGUAUGCGCAUUUGAAUGAUGAAACAUUUCAUUGUAAAUCGCAAUCACUAUCAAAUCAAUUAUCGGAUAUUAUAACUAUUAAAGAACCCAUGAUUUUCAAAUUACCAUGUGGUAGACCAGUGCGAUGUUCUAAUGUUCAAUUAGCACCUAUUACAUGUUCAGAUACCACUGUUAUACUUAAAACAAAACAUAACGAUAGUAAUAACAAACAAUUUAAUUCAGUUAUUCGUCUUAACAAAAUUACUGAUCGACUCGUCUCUACUUAUAAACUUGCUGCUAGAAAUGCAUUUUAUGAAUUACAAGCCGAAAUUGAUAUUAAUCAAACAUGGAUCAAAAAGAUUAUCAAACAAUUCGGAAGCAGUUUAAUUUCAGUUCUUUCUGUAAUUUUAUUAAGCAUUCUAUUAGUUAUUAUUCGAAUAAUUAAAAAGAAAAUUAUGAAGCAAGUUCAGCACUUACAAACUGAAAUCAAUAAAAUACAGAGAGAUUUUAUCGAAGAAUUGUAA